AUGCAAGCAUCAGACGAUGUGGGAAAGUUUGCUUUCAAAGCAACACCAAGACAAUUCCAGGAAGCGUCAUAUUGGUAUUUCAUCAGACUCAGAGCAUCGGCGAUCCUUUUCACCAUGGAGUGCGUUCUGGAGAUGAUUGUGCUCUGCGUCCUCUAUCUCGGUAUUCAGUGCCGUUAUCGAUCAUUCAAUAAACUUUCUCAGAAGCCGGACAUCGCUAUGCCUAAUAAGCUAUUUGUCAUAGGUGCAGCUGCAAGCACUGGAGCAGGGGCUGCCGCAACCACAGGACCAGGUGCUGCCGUGAACAUUGGAGUAGGGGCCGCAGCGACCACCGGACCUGGUGCUGCUGCAAGCACUGGAGCAGAGGCUGUUGCAACCACAGGACUAGCUGCUGCUGUAAGAACUGGAGCAGGAGCUGCUGCGACCACCGAACCAGGUGCUGCCGCAAGCACUGAAGUAGGGGCUGCUGCUACCACCGGGCCAGGUGCUGCUGCAAGCACUGGAGCAGGCGCUGCUGCAAGCACUGGAGUAGAUGCCGCUACGACAGGUGUUGAAAUAAUUGGAGAUGCCUCUAUUAGAGGAGCAGAAGCAAACGCUGGAGCAGUGGCUAGCACAGAUCGCGCCACUGGUGUUAUAGCUGAAGAUCCAAGAAAGCGUCGGAGUAUGGAGGUUGGGGAGGCGGCCAGCACUGGAGUGGACACUCGGGCUGGAGGAGCAGCAAGCAAUGCACUUGGAGCUGCUGUCAGUGCUGGAGCGGUCAAUUCAGAGUAA